AAUGGAAAAAAACUAUUAUGACAUUGAAAUUAUUUAGCUUUUGGAUAUUUGCGGCAACAGAACAACGCAAUGUUGAGAUUUGUCCAGUGUAGAAUAUGCAAAUGAACCCCGGAAGCUGCGGCAGCUGAAAACGGCCCGCUACCCAAAAUGGCGAAUCGCGACAAGGAGCUCGAUGAAGAGAUCUACGACAAAGUCGUGGACCUGACGGAAUACGCCAAACGUCAGCCAUGGUGGAACCGGUUGUUCGGCAAAAACUCCGGCCCUCUGGCGGAGAAGUACUCCGUGGCCACACAGAUCGCCAUAGGGGGAGCGAGUGGAUGGUGUGCAGGUUAUCUGUUCCAGAAGGUCGGGAAAGUUGCUGCGACAGCUGUUGGGGGAGGGCUCCUGUUGCUCCAGAUUGCCAACAACAGCGGCUACAUCCAGGUGGACUGGAAGAGAGUAGAGAAGGACGUCAACAAAGCUAAGAAGCAGAUAAAGAAGAGCACCCAUCAGGCUGGUCCAGAGCUGAACACCUUUGUUGAAAAGACAACAGAGUUUGUGAAGAAGAACAUUGUUGUCACCAGCGGCUUUGUGGGAGGUUUCCUCCUCGGCCUGGCCUCCUAGUCUCUGUGAUACUCCUGGGGAAAAAAGCAAACUAGAAAAGAGUGCUGGACCUUUUGCUACUUGGUCAUCCAAUAUUUUUAUCUUAUCAUUAGCUUGUAGCCAAGUUUCGCUACAGAAAACGUUGUGCCUCCCCUCGACUUACUGUAGCGAUGUGUAAUCUGAAAACGCUCCACUUCCCCGGCCGAGUCACGGCUCACAUCAGGCAGGGUAUUUAAGAAUAAAAGCUUUGACUGACAAUGAAUUGUAUGGAAAUGUAAAACGGUGUUGCACAUUAAUGCUGAGAAAGAGCAGAUAGAAGUCAGGCACAUGGCUCGUCUAUUUAUUCCAUGGCACUUUACUUACAACUCUCAGUUCAAACUGAGCAGCUUUAUUGUUUAUAGCCACACUCUGAGGUUGUUACGUUGAAUAUCUGGUGGUGCCCUCAAUUCCUUCCUUGUAUUGCUUGGUUACAGUCAUGAAGUGUUUCUAUCCACCAAUGUUUAACUCGUCCCAAGUGCUGCUGGGAGUGGGUUUGCCUUUCUUGAGGAAGUUUGGAGAGUGAUAUCGCCUGCAUCUAUUUUUAAAAUUGCACCCAAUAAAUUUUGGUUUGUGAA